CCACGCGGUUGUGUCGCCAGUGCGCGCUGUGUGAUUUUGCCUCAUACAAACCGGUUAUCUGCUGCACACUGAUAGACGCUAAUUAACGGUUGGGUUUCUGUGAAGAAGACAUUACGUGUGUGUAAACCAAGCCGAACCAGGAUGCCGGCGUGGCUGCAUCAGCGUCCAUUUACCGGCCCUCGUGACAGUGUCACCUAGACUCCGCUUUCUGCGACCGCUUCUUGCGGAGAGACGAGGCCGUUCAAAUUCAAUCCAUAUCCCUGUUAGCUAACUUAAGCAGAGAGUCGCGGCAACGCAUUGGGUGGGAUCUGGAUCGCCCAAAGGGAUUUCCCCAGGUUCAGCUGCAACCCCCCGCCCCAUCUCCUCAAGAACCGAGCAAACCUGCCGCGAAAACACUCCCCGACCGAGCAUCGUCCCGACUGCUCAGUCGCUAAUCAAUCGGCAAAAAGUCUAUGGGGCCACAAUGAAAGCUGCAUGCGUUCAGUGUCGGGUCCGCAAGGUCCGAUGUGACGGGACCGUCCCUCGGUGUCGGACCUGCCAGCGCCUGCAAUUCCAGUGUUCGUUUGAGCAAGAUGGAUCGCAGCCUGUAAGUCAGUAUGCGCCUCGGUUGCCGCCCAAAUGUCGCGGGACCAAGGCCUGCCUCGAGUGCAGGUCGAUGAAGGUUCGCUGCUCUGGCGACACUCCGCGAUGUUCCAACUGCCAACGUCGAAACCGCGACUGUCACUACUCCACCCCUAAAAACAGCCCUCCCAAGACGGCAGCGACGGCAUCAUCAUCUCAAGAUGGCCCUGCAGCUUCCGACGCCACUGAAAACUCACCAGACCAGCACCAAAGCGCAACCUCCGAGUCACAACACGACAGCCCAAGCAACCACGAUGAUCCCAUCUCCACAGCAGCCCCCUUAGCAUCAAGCUCUUCUCCCUCAGAAGAGGUGACCGCCUUCCUGGUUAACCAGUACUUCGAUCGUUUGUACCCCCUGGCUUCUUAUUGCUUCCUCCACAAGGCAACUGUCAUCCAAAGAUGUCGCGACAAGACCAUCGACAGGGCACUCAAGUUGGCCAUAUGUGCCAUCACGGCCAUGUACUUUCCUAAAAACAAUGACGCCCCCAACCCUUGGGCACAAGAAGCGGAACGAAUCAUCCUAGACCGACUGGAAUCUCCAUCCAUCUUCCAACUACAAGCCUCGCUCCUCCUCAUACGCUACCGAGCCGGUGUUGGGCAGUUCCCUCGCGCCUUCAUCAUGGCCGGACUCGCAGCGCGGUGGGCAUUAGCUCUACGUCUAAACUACGAGCACUCACGCCUAGGACCAGUCGCUCAGGAGGUCAGGCGGCGGACAUUCUGGUCACUCUACCUACUCGAAGACAGCUUCUGCGUCGGACUAAAAGAGUUUGAACUAUUCGAUCCCGAUACCAUACAUCUCCAACUGCCCUGCGAAGAUGUCGACUUCCACCAAGAACGGCCCGUGAGUACUGGGUAUCUGCAGCCGGGAAAGGGACUUGAACCGGAGGUGUUGGGAUCUCGCGCUGCAUUCGUAAGACUCGCAUUUAUUCGCCGCGGAAUCAUGCGACUCAAUCGACGGGUGUUCUUAAAAGAAGUUAACCUUUCAGAGCUGUUCAUUUCUAUGGAGAAGUUCCAGAACGAUCUCUUACGCCUACGGACCAGGUUGGCGCCCGCCGAUCAAUACCCACCCACAAAUCCAGAAGAACUACAUCGUCCACCGCAAUACGCCAUCACGCACAUGAGCUGGCACCAAUGCCACUGCGAUCUCUACCGAAUCUUCCUCACUGGAUAUCCCGAGUCCACCCCGCACGCUGCAGUUGAAGGGAUGGCAGCCCCAGACAGGGCACUCAUGAAGGACAAGUGCCUGGGCCACGCAGAGCAGAUUGUCAAAGUGUUGUCGGACUUCGUGCAGCACAAAGACGAGCGAGACAUGCUGGAAUUUGACGCUGCCGUCUGUGCCUAUCAUGGCGCUCGUCUGAUCUUAUUCGGGACUUACACAGGAAGGGAUAAUACGGGUCUGCCCAUGCAAAUGGCCAUCAACAAAGCUCAACUCUGCUUGGAUGUCAUUGCCCGAUAUUUUGACUUCUCAGCACAAUUAAAAGCCAUGGAACUUGAACGGGUCAUCCAACAACAUAAAUCAUGGCUGGAGUCGGCAGACCACCGAGCCGUCUUCACCGCCGACCCGAAUCCUCGACCGCCUCCGAAACUGUCCAAAGACGCACACAUUCGCCAGCGACUCGCAAUCCACAGUCUCCUCCGACAGUCCGAUUUCGUCGACGACAGCCGCGACGCAGCGCCCGAGCCGCCCGCCGAGCCGGCUUUGAGCUGGACAGCAUCUACUGAGGAAGACCAGGUGCAAGAACCGCAAGCAGAAUGGGGCGCCAGAGAACCAGGAUUCCCCGCAGCAGACCCCAUCACGGAUCCCUAUCUUCUUUUCGGACUGCCGUACGGUGGUUCGACCUUUGACAUUAACGCGUGGAAUUGUAACCCGGGCACUCAGGAGAUGAGCGGUUACCUUGGCGCAUUUGAUGAACAGUACAUGUACUAGUGAAAAUGAGAUUCCCGUCCUGUAUUAUCUAGCGUCUUAGUUGUUACGACCAUGAGAGCAAGUCAACGCGUGUUAUGUAGCUAAUACACAUAAAAAGCAA